AGAAAAAUGGUGUUUGAAAUCGAAAUAACAUCAUGCGAAUACGAAGGUAAUUCAUGUGUGAAUCUCGUUAAUCAACAACAUAAUCAUAAGGGAAGACAUGAUGAUGAUGAUGAUCAACAACAUGAACAACGAUUAAGAUCGGAACAUAACGAUGAUUGUAGCGGUGGUGGUGGUGGUAAUGAUGUACAUCAUGAUGAACAAAUCAUCAAAGAAGAAGUGGACAGCAGUGAAGGACCGAUGACAGUGGUUCCCGUUUCGAAUCCAAACAUUUUUUAUGAUGAACCCAAAUUCGUUGGACUUAAAAAUCUGGGCAACACUUGUUACGCCAAUUCCACACUACAGGCAUUAUAUGGAUCGAAUAAAUUACGACAAUAUCUUCUGAAUUUGCAACAUCCAUCAACAACAGCUGGUGGUGGUGGUGGUCGAAUACAAUUCAAAUUAUCGAAAUUGUUUCAGCAGAUGCAUCAAAUGGGCAACAAAGCAUUGUCAACGAAUAGAUACGCAGUCAUUAAACCGGAGGAAUUUAUUUGUGAAUUUCGACUGAUCAAACCACAAUUCGUUCGUAAUGAACAACAUGAUGCACAAGAAUUUCUUACCAUUCUACUUGAAUGUAUUCACCAAGAAGACAAUAAAAUCAAAAAGAAUAAACUGGCAAAAUUGAAUGUUGAACCAAAAAAUGCUCAAGAAGCAUGGCAACUUCAUUUGGAACGUGUAGACAAUAGUUUCUAUUCACGGCUAUUCGUUGGUCAAUCAGAAUCGGUAUUAGAAUGUUUCGAAUGUAAACAUUCAAGCCUUUCUUGGAGUAGUUUUUGGCAACUAAAUCUACACCUCAAAAAUGAUAACGAAAAUGGCAACGGUGAUCGAGAAUUAAGCAUUCAACAAUGCAUACAAGAAUACAUGGCUUGGGAGAUAUUGAACGAUGCCACAUUCUGUGAGAAUUGUCAACGAAAACAAAAAUCCAGAAAACGUCUGACAAUAUGUCGAGCACCGCAUUAUCUCAUCGUACAUCUGAAACGAUUCACUCAUACUGGUUCGAAAAUUACCCGUAAAGUAACCAUUAAUCAAACAUUGGAAAUAUGCGACAAAAAAUAUGACAUUUAUUCAUGUAUAUUACAUCGUGGUACAGAAACAACUGGUCAUUAUUUCACAUUGGUUCGACCAUAUUAUCAUUCAUGGUUAUUAUUUGAUGAUGAAAGUAUUUCCAACGAUACACAAAAAGAAUGGGUAGAACAUUGGCUACAAAAUUAUUCAUACAUUUGUUUCUAUCGUGCCGUUGCCAAUAAAGUCAUCGCUUGGAAUUGAUAUAAGUUAAUAGAGCGGGAGAAAUCGUUUUGUAAAAAAAACCUUUCCCGUCACGUUCUUUAUGAUUAGAAUUGAAAUCAAAAUUUCCAAAAAUUGAUUUUGAUUUCACAUGUAUAAAAUUUUAUUUUUUUGUGUUGUUAAAA